AUGAAUUCUUUAAAAAAAAAGAAGCAAAAUAUCCUUUGGGGGAAAAAAUGGAGAAAUCUAAUACAACAAAAAGCGAUAAAGGACGAAAUGAAUAAGCAACUGAAAGUAUCUCUAGAAAAACAAAAACAAGAAGAAGAAGAAAAAGAAUGCACCUUUAAGCCACAAACAUUGUGGAAUCAAAGUUUUAAAAAAACAAUUUCAUUUGUUGAUGAAUUUUUUGUUAAAUUGAAGCCAUAUAUUGAGCAACAACAAAUGUAUUUAAAUCACUUGAAGGAGCUUGAGGUAGAUGAUCAAAUAUUUGCCGAAAAAAUUAAGGAGGAACUGAGAUUAAUGCUUUCAAAAGCAAUCGAUAAAGAAAUAAUGGAAACAAUAAUUGAGGGAUAUAAAGGUAUAAGAACUAGAGGAAUGAAUAAAAUGAAAAGAGAAAAAUUAGAUAUUCUAUCAAAAAUGAUCAAACUUGAAAGGGAAUAUAAUUGUUUUAUGGCUAAAGAAAAUGUAGAUAAAAAAGAUUUGGAAGAAUGUGGAUUUGAUUGUGAUUUGGCAGCAAAGUUAAGAAACGAUAUUCUUAAAGAUUCUUUAUGUCCUAAUUCGUUAAGAGAUUUUGCAAAAAUUAGACAAGAAAUUAAUAAAGUUUUAGAAGAAGAAUUGCGAAUAAGAGAAAAUGAAAAAAAUUCUGUAGAGGAAGAUGUGAAUUCUAAUGAAAACAUAUUUUCAUACAUGGACAAAAAUGAAUUAUUAUAUGAUAAUGAAGAAUUAAAUAAUUCGUUAAAUAUUUCAAGUAAUGGAAAAAAUGGAAAAAAUGGAAAAAAUGGAAAAAAUGGAAAAAAUGGAAAAAAUGGAAAAAAUGGAAAAAAUGUUAAUGAUAAUGCAGACAAAAUAGAUGGAUAUGAACAAGGUCAUUACAGCUUUAUAAAUACAAAUAACGAAAUAGAAACAAAAGAUAAUCACAAUAAUAAUCACAAUAAUAAUCACAAUAAUAGUCAUAAUAAUAGUCAUAAUAACAGUCACGAUAAUAGUCAUAAUAACAGUCAUAAUAAUAAUAUGGUUUAUAUGCAUAAUGAAUACUGCUUAAAUGAACAAGAACAAACAAUUAAUAAUUUACAAACUGAAUAUAAAAAUGGACAUAAUAAAGUUAACCAUUCAGGAAAUGAACAUGCCCAAAUGCAUUAUAAAAAUAAUAUACACAAUUUUCCACAUAUAUCUAACAACAAUCUUAUCAAUAAUGAAGGAAACGAACUAAAACGCGAAGCUGUGAAUAAACAUGUUAUGAAUAGUUCAGGAAAUAUGAAAAUUCAAAAUGGUCAAAAUUGUCAAAAUAGCCAAAAUGGUCAAAAUGGUCAAAAUGGUCAAAAUGGUCAAAAUGAGCAAAAUGGUCAAAAUGGUCAAAAUGAGCAAAAUAGCCAAAAUAGUGAUUGGAAUAAAAAUUAUGGAAUGCAUACAAAAAAUGUCUAUCUUAAUGAAAAUUACAUGAACAUGUUAAAUAUAAGAAAUGGAAAUGAACAUUUAUCAACUUUGAAAAGAGAUCCAAAUUUAAUGAAUGUUAUAAUAACAAAAAAUAAUGGUAUAAAUGAUAUAAAUCAAAAUCAUAUGAAAUAUACAGAUAAUAAUUAUUUUGGACAAAUUAAUAAAAUAAAAUAUGGAAGUAAAUAUCCAGGAUAUAUAAAUGAAAAUGAAAAACGUGUGGAAGAGAAUAAUAAUAUAGAUCAAAUACAAAAAAAUAAAUUUGUGAAUAAAAAUUACAAUCCUGUUUCAUUUAAUUUUAACCAAUAUCCAAAUGUUACCCAAAAUAAAAAUCUGAUAAAAAGCAAGCAAAUGUAUAUACCUCAAAAUGAGCAGUAUAAAAAUGAACAGUAUAAAAAUGAUCAGUUUAAGAAUGAACAGUAUAAAAAUGAACAGUAUAAGAGUGCCCAGUUUAAAAAUGAGCAGUUUAAGAAUGAGCAGUAUAAAAAUGAACAGUAUAAAAAUGAGCAGUAUAAAAAUGAGCAGUAUAAAAAUGAACAGUAUAAGAGUGCCCAAUUUAAGAGUGACCAACUUAAGAGUACGCGAUAUAUAGACAAGAAUCUAUAUAGCAUUAAAAAUGUUAACAAAUUUUACGAUUUCUAUAAUGAAAAAUUGAAUAACAUUAAAGGGGGUAGUGCAAACAUUCCAAACUCUGAUAAAAUAAUGCACGGGUUAGAUAAUUAUUAUACAAAUCAUCAAAAUAUGAAUCAAAAAAAUAAAGUAGUGUUGUCCAAUUUGAAUGAAAAUAGUACCUUACCAGAUAAUAGAUAUUUCAGGAAAAAUGAUUUUGAUAUUAAAAAACAAACAAUAUUUCCAAAUUUUCAUUACAAAAAUAAUUAA